CUUAUUUACUGUCCGGAAGUCCUUCCCCCUGUUCUUCUUCUUACCGGAAGUAUCCCCCCUUUCUUCUCUCCCCCUACGGGCACCGGAAACACUCGGCGCCCCGAGUUAUUGUGCGCGGGAGUGCGAAAGAUGGCGGCGAAUAUGUACCGAGUUGGCGAUUAUGUAUAUUUUGAAAACUCGUCCAGUAACCCGUAUCUGAUCCGAAGAAUAGAGGAACUUAACAAGACUGCGAAUGGAAAUGUAGAAGCCAAAGUGGUCUGCCUGUUCCGUCGCAGAGAUAUCUCCAGCAGUCUGAACAGCUUAGCAGACAGCAAUGCAAGGGAAUUUGAGGAGGAGUCCAAGCAGCCAUCCGUGGUUGAGCCACAGAGACACCAGCUGAAACACCGGGAGCUCUUUCUAUCUCGGCAGUUUGAAUCCCUGCCCGCUACACACAUCAGGGGUAAAUGUAGUGUAACUCUGUUAAAUGAGACUGACUUACUGAGCCAAUAUUUGGAGAAAGAGGAUUGCUUCUUUUACUCGCUGGUGUUUGACCCAGUACAAAAGACUCUGCUGGCUGAUCAAGGAGAGAUACGGGUCGGCUCCAAGUAUCAGGCAGAAAUUCCUGACCAAUUAGCAGAGGGUGAAUCUGAUAAUCGAAACCAACAGAAAAUGGAAAUGAAAGUGUGGGAUCCAGAGAAUCCUCUAACAGACAGACAGAUCGACCAGUUUCUUGUGGUUGCUAGAGCUGUUGGUACAUUUGCGAGAGCCUUGGAUUGCAGCAGCUCCAUCAGACAGCCAAGCCUACACAUGAGUGCAGCGGCCGCUUCACGUGACAUCACACUGUUUCAUGCCAUGGAUACACUACAGAGGAACGGUUAUGAUCUUGCUCGUGCCAUGUCUACCCUUGUCCCUCAAGGAGGUCCUGUUCUAUGCCGGGAUGAGAUGGAAGAGUGGUCUGCAUCAGAAGCCAUGUUAUUUGAGGAAGCAUUGGAGAAAUAUGGAAAGGACUUCAAUGACAUUCGGCAAGACUUUCUGCCUUGGAAGUCUCUGGCUAGUAUUGUUCAGUUCUACUAUAUGUGGAAAACUACAGAUAGAUACAUCCAGCAGAAACGUCUGAAGGCAGCUGAAGCUGAUAGCAAGCUGAAACAAGUCUACAUCCCAACCUACACCAAGCCCAACCCCAAUCAGAUUAUUUCUGUUGGAGCCAAGCCUGGACUGAAUGGAGCUGGAUUCCAGAAAGGUCUAACCUGUGAAAGCUGCCAUACCACAGUGUCUGCACAGUGGUAUGCAUGGGGUCCACCCAACAUGCAAUGUCGCCUUUGUGCAUCUUGCUGGAUUUAUUGGAAGAAGUAUGGAGGACUUAAAACACCAACGCAGCUUGAAGGUGCAACUCGGAAUAUAGGGGAAGCCCACCCUCGUACCCACCUGUCUCGGCCCGAAGCUCAAAGUUUGUCUCCAUAUACUACGAGUGCAAACCGUGCUAAGCUAUUGGCAAAGAACCGGCAGACGUUCCUUCUGCAGACGACCAAGUUAACCCGUAUUGCACGUCGUAUGUGCAGAGAUAUUCUGCAGCCUAGGCGAGCUGCACGUCGACCAUAUGCCCCAAUCAACUCAAAUUCUAUUAAAGCAGAAUGUUCCAUUCGGCUACCCAAAGCAGCUAAAACUCCUCUGAAAAUAUUGCCCUUGGUGCGUCCCCCUCUGUCUGCCAUCGUAAAAGAACUUGCUGCUCAAGCACCACUGAAACCGAAGACUCCUCGUGGAACAAAAACUCCAAUAAACCGUAACCAAUUAAGUCAGAGUAGAGUCAGUAGUCUUGGGGUGCUACCCGCCAAAAGAGCAUUUGAACCAGUAUCUGGUGUGGGGGUAGUUCCUCCAUUUUCUGCCAAUGGUCGCAUCUUCACAUCAGGUGUCCGUUCUAGCAAUCAACCCAAUGUCAAGAGGCAGAAACUUAAUCUUGCUGAUGCCCCAAAUCCUGUCGUGUUUGUGGCAACUAAAGACACAAGAUGCUUAAGAAAAUCCUUAUCGCACAUGGAGAUGCGCCGAGCUGCCCGACGUCCCAAUCAGCCUCUGAAGUUGAAGCUACCACUGCCCCCACGACCAUCUGGGCUUCUGCCCUCUGUUACCACACCCCAUCCUGCCAGUACAAGUGAACCGAUUGUUUUGGAAGACUAAGGGACUAAAAAGAAACCAACUAUCUGUAGAAAAAAUUUCUGUCCCCUAAAAUCUUCCUAGUCAGUACUGCUCGCUCGGUGCUUAUCUCGCUGGCAAAUGCACUUGAGGACAGAAGGACCCUGAGUAAAGACGUCCCAUCUUGAAACCCAGUUCCCAAAUGCCCACCCUUUCACCCCCAACCUAGCUGCGACAGGGCCUUGUUUUUGCUCCUUCGCUUUCUCCACUUUCAUUCUACCCAUGUCCUUUUUAUUUUAAUAUAUAUUUUCUUCAUUUAACUCCCUUGCCUAAUUCUUGGGGAGCUCUAAUGCUCUCAACUUGUGUCCCCAAUGUUAUUUUUGUUAUUUUGUUUAGUUUUUGCUUUUUUUUGUACAAUGAAACAAUUUGAGGUCCACCAGUAAAAUGAGAAAAACAAGUAAGGGAAGUGUACUGCUUGUGAGUGCUGUGAAGGAGGUGGAAACUGCAAAACUUAGCAGCAGCCUACAAAACUUCCUCCUCUAUAUGUGAAGGUAUACUAUGCAGUACCAAGCCACCGACACUACGGAAAGUGUCACCCAGCUUUCCCAGGUACCUGUCUGUCUAUAUAGGCAGGAGGGAUUUCUGAUAUUUGUGUGGAAAAGCUGGAUUACAAUUCUUGUGGAGCUGAACGCACUGUCCAUAUAAUGUUAGCUUUCCUAAGACCCUGGAAGACAAAUCUGCCUAGCUAUGACACUGUUUAGGAGUGGAUAGGUGGUUUAUCUUGGUAGAUUUAGUUCUCUGCAGUCUCUAUUACAGUUCCAUAUGGUUUAAACUGAGUUUUCUCUCAGGACCUUGAAAGGCAAAUCAGCUAUAGGACCCUUUGGGAGUGGGGAGAUGUAUUUAGCAGUCCCUGCUAAAAGGUCAUAUAAUGUCUUACCCACCUCUUUACAGGACGGGUCGGCCAUAUUUGUUAUAUAAAAUAUACACAAUGCUGCUGCUACAGUGUGUGUGAAACUAUCAUAUUGUACAUGGGAAACCUAAAUUGCUGCCACCAAUGCAAGUGCGUAGUAUUGUCACCCAGCUUUUUGAGGACCCUGAAAGGCAAGUUGAUAUAGCUAUAUGAAGGGAUUUGUGACUACAUAAACUAGGCAAAUUUGGAAUUCAGCAUGUGAGAAAGCUAGGUAACAACCUCUACAAAUAAAUAAUGGAGGCCACACUUGGUACGUACAUUCUGUACACACUAUAUCUAUAAAUAUGAUAUUGGGACAACCAUGAUUAUGUACUGUAUGCAUAGUUCGAUCUCCAGCAUAUCUCCACAUGCCGCCCAGCUUUCCAAAGAAUCUAUAAAGAAAAUCUGCCCAAUAAUGCAGUGAAAGUGGAAAUUAUCUUCACAUAAUCAGGCAGAUUAAUUACUCAACUACAGUGCAUUUCAAAAGACACUUUCACUUUUUAACAUUUUUGCAGCCUUGUGCUAAAAUAAAAUAAAGUUCAAAUUUU